AGCCUGCGCACAGGUCCUAGCAUCAAUAAUUGCCGCAAAGACCUAGCCCUUCCACCCUCCCCGGGUCUGUCCUGCAAGAGAAGGCAGACAGGCUGCACCGCAGGCCAGGUGGAAAGCGGCGGGCCACGCCAGCGCUCAGUCGCCACAUUUUGUAAGCAUUUAGGGAAGACUUCUGGGUGCCACCGGGGUCUGGGGACCGGAGCCGUGGGCGCAUGGGUCGGGACUCGGAUCCGAACCUCAGAGGAGAGGCUGUGCUGUUAGACCAGGGACGCAGCCGCAGGACCCUGAGUCGAGUGGCCGGGAUUGUCCUCCCCAACCAGUAGAGACCCGCCCACAGCCCGUGGAGCGCCCCGCCCGCCGCCCGCCCCCGCCAUCCGAGCCCGGUUCCGCCGCCUGGGAAUCUCCAGACUGUGGCGAUCUCCAGGACCUGAGGUUUCCGGAGCUCUUCGGGGUCGCUUCGCCCGGAGACUCCUGCCCAGGUGCCCAGAAAAGCCCCGUGGCCCACCUGCCUGCCUAGUGUGCUGAGGGAUACAGCAGGCCUCUUUGGAGCCCUCAGCAGGUGUCUGCCGCUUCCAGCAUGAGGGUCUUUUUGCCUGUACUGCUGGCAGCCCUUUUGGGUGUGGAGCAAGCCCAUUCCCUAAUAUGCUUCUCCUGCACCGAUCAGAAGAGCAACUUGAAAUGCCUGUGGCCAACUGUAUGCCCGAGCUCUGACAAUUACUGUGUCACAGUAUCUGCUGCCGCCGGCUUUGGGAAUGUCAACCUUGGCUACACCCUGAAUAAGGGCUGUUCUGAAAUCUGCCCUCGUGAGAACAUCAACGUCAAUUUAGGAGUAGCAUCCGUGAACAGCUACUGCUGCCAAAGCUCCUUCUGUAACAUCAGCACAGCUGGCCUUGGUCUUCGCGCCAGUAUCCCCAUGCUGGGCCUUGGACUCCUGCUCAGCUUGCUGGCUCUGCUGCAACUGGAGCCCUGACCACCCCCGUGUGCUCCCCAUAUUCCCCCCAGCUCAGGAAGAAAAGCAGCCCCUUUUAGAUCCCAGGGGACUCUAGGAGCCUUCAGCUCCUCCUGGGUGUGUCUGGUCCCCCUCUACACUCUUUCGGCAUCAGGGAUGAGCACCAGAUGGACCCACAUCUGCUCUGUUGAAAUGGGACUGGCUACCCUUGUGUCCAGAGCCAAUCCUGUGACUUCCUUUGGGGAACCAGGAAAGGGGUGAAAAUCUUCCUUGGAGUCUCAGAGUCAGACACACUGACAAGAAUGUCUAACCAAACGAAUGUACACCUGCGUGUUCAGUGUGUCUGUGUGAAUGAAGUCACCUGGGGUCUGGGAUGGGCAAAGGGGACCUGGAAGAUUCUAGAGUGGAAGGCCUCUGUCUCCACUAAAACUCCUUCCCCUGGCAUUACUGUACCCAGGUUGUACCCAUUUCAGGAGGCUGCCCAUGGAGGACUGCCACUCCCAAUGAAGGCUCCCACCCCUAGACCCAGUUGAGUCCCUGCCUGCCCUCUCCGCCCACACUGGCUUCCUGCUGCUAUUCUAGUGCCUCAAAUAAACUGUUCCCACCCAUUC